UCGCGUUCGAUACGCAUUGCGCGUCAGUUCAUUUACAAUUUGCUCCGUAAUUUUAUUUCCAAAACUCAGUUUAAAGUAACUACUUAGUGCUAAAACUCACAGUGUUUGUAGAACAGUGAUAAAUCUAAUAAGUGUCCAAAUACUAUUCAAAACUAUCAACGGACUACCGAGAUAUAAACAAAAACAUUUCAAUAUUAAUAAUUUACCGACCGCCGGGCACUCGCCGCUCGGUCGCUUCCUCACCGCUUCACCCGCAACGCACCUCCCCGCCCCGCACCCGCGCACCCGCGCGCCCUGUACGGUGCAUCGCGGCGACGACGACUGCAACGGCCGCGCCAAUCGUAAUACUAUCGCGCUUUGUUUACAUUUUUUGAGAGUCAGCAGUGCGCUAGACGGGUGGAAGGAUUUUUAUCAUGGAUUUGACUUGCAGUGGAUGUGAAUCUGAAAUUUGCUCUACCGACCAAUACAUGAAGUGUUCGAGUUGUAAAAAGUACUAUGAUCUUGUCUGCCUCAACAUUCCAGUACAAAGUUUUAAAAAUUACAAGCCAGAACACAAAGAAAGCUGGAACUGUCCAAGUUGUCUGUGCUCGCUACCCAAAAGCGACAACUCACGUUUCUCAGUAGGAAUUGCUAGCCAGCCACCUAUUAAGACCAUGCUAAGCAACAAUUGCGAAAACGUAAACAUGAAACGUGGUAGUCGAGUAAAAACUACAGAACAAGAAUCCACUACCACAGACACUUCUCUUCUUUUAUCGGAAAUACGGCUACUACGACAAGAGGUCAGUGACCUUAAACAGCAAAACACUGACAUUGGAUUGAAGUUGUCCAAUUUCUCUGAUGCACUAAACCAGAAGCUUGAAGAUUUUGAGAAAAAAAUGUGUGCGAAGGACGAAGAAAUUAUUUUGCUAAAAAGUUCAAUAUUGCAACUAGAACAUAAACUAAAUCUUUCAGAGCAAGAAACCAUGAAAACGGAGCUCGAAAUUAUUGGAAUCCCAGAAGAAAACAAUGAAAACCUUUGUCACAUCACUAUGUUAACUGCAAAUAAAAUCGGCGUGCAACUAAAUGAUCUGGACAUAGACGAAGUCUAUCGCAUAGGCCAAAAACGCACUAAUCCAGCGGACAAACCAAGGCCCAUUGUCCUAAGGCUCACGCGCCGUGCCAAACGUAUUGAUGUUUUAAAAGCUGCCAAAGAGAGACGUCCGCUUACCUCGGACGACAUUGUUAAAGGAACAUCCUCUAAGAUAUACAUUAACGAACGGCUGACAAAGACUAACAGGACAUUAUUUCGUGAAGUACGGUUGCGAGCAGAGAUUUAUAAGUUUCGCUUCUGCUGGGUACGAAACGGAACUAUUUACGUACGCAAAGCGGAGAAGCAGGCAUCUAUCCCCAUCCGGACACCGAUUGAUCUGGAUGAAAAAGUCGGCCCCCCUCAAACUGCGGAAGCCUCUGCGGUCUAGUAUAAAUUUGCUGUUUCUUAUCUUUUUAUGUUUUUGUUUUUGUAGACUCAUUUAUGACAAUUGUUUUGUUUUCCUGUAUUUACCAUUCACUUAUUCACCAAAAGCACUCGACUUACACGUCCCGUUUGUACACACACACACUAACACACACACUAUAACACAUACCUAUAAAGAUGCUGGCAUCAAUGAUAAAUUAUUAUCAAAGGAUGAUUGGUCGUUCUUACUGAAUAACUGUUACUCAUUUAAUUUUUUCCUUAAGGCUAUAAAGUCUAAAACUAUAAUCACUUUUAUUAUUUACCAAGUUCCUGACACAAAAAUUAAUAUCAGA